AAUGAGAUAUACUACUCUUAGCCAAAAAAAGUAUCGUUUUAAAUUUAAAUAUAGUUAGAGAAAAUGAAAUAUAAGUACCCUUGCUUAAAAUCUGAUUGAACCAACACCGUGACGCAGGCGCGGGGAGGUGCCGUAUCAUGAUGAACCGACCAAAUAAUUGACAAUAUUUACAUUAAUCCUUAAUACUAUUAUAAAGAAUCGGCGAUUAGAGGGUUAACGAGAUUUGAUCUGUUCAUCAUUCCGGGACAAUUAUUGCGACAAAUAGAGACCAGAAAUAUGAUGGUUAACAUACAGAGACCUAAUAUGAUGCCGCUGAUUCAGCAACAUUUUAUUUCACCUUUGCAGAGCAUGCAAAUGGAGCGAUUUCGAUAUGGAGGACCAGAAUUUCCGUUCAAUAUUCCAAUGAUGUCACAGUCCCCGAUGCCAUCACAAACGACAACAUCGCAAGUAUCAAACACUUCACAACCUCCUCACACCAGGCUUUACAAUCCGAGACUGGUCCCACCUCUGGGUAUACCAACAUUUAACUUUAGUAGAGAGGAGUUAGAUAUGGUAUUGUACGGGUACACACAGAACAAAGUGGACCGGUGUAAAGGACAUGCAUUGUCAGGCAUCAAAAGUUUGGACCUCAAUCACGGGAUUGACCGAAUUCUGACAGGAAAUAGUCCGGUAAAGUCAGAGAGUUCAACUCCAGUUCCAAAUAUCAAACCAUUAGAUCUCUCGGGAUUGGACAUACCAGAUGGCUUGACAGUCUUACAAACAUUGUUUGCUAGAACCAUCCAUUAUGGCGUGUUUUGUACAUCUACCGUAAUAUCACGGGGUACCAAGUUUGGUCCAUUCAAAGGAAAGACAGUAAACACAAGUGAAGUCAAAAAUAACGACGAUAACUCUUACAUGUGGGAGAUUUUCUAUGAAGGCAAGCUUAGUCAUUUUGUUGAUGGGCGUGGUCCCACAGGCGGAUGGAUGUCUUUUGUGAAUUGUGCAAGGUAUGCCCAUGAGCAGAAUUUGAUCGCUAUGCAGGUUGACGGAGACAUAUUUUAUGAAGUCUGUAAAGAUAUACCACAAGGCACAGAACUAUUGGUUUGGUACGGAGACUGUUAUCUUCAAUUUAUGGGAGUACCAGUUUCAUUGAAAGAAAUGGCGGAUGGCGGCGCUCCCGAGGAACUAAAUACAAGUGAAGGAUUUUCAUGUGAAAGAUGUGGGAAGGUGUUUGCUUAUAAGUAUUAUAGAGAUAAGCAUCUGAAGUAUACUCGGUGUGUUGACCAAGGCGACAGGAAAUUUCCAUGUCAUCUGUGCACUAGGUCAUUUGAAAAAAGAGAUAGGCUUAGAAUUCACAUACUACAUGUACAUGAGAAACAUAGGCCACAUAAAUGUGUUGUUUGCGGGAAAAGUUUUAGCCAGUCCUCAAGUCUUAAUAAACACAUGAGGGUCCACAGUGGCGAACGUCCAUAUAAAUGUGUAUAUUGUAACAAAGCUUUUACAGCAUCCAGUAUUCUGCGCACGCACAUACGUCAACACUCGGGAGAAAAACCAUUCAAGUGUCGACAUUGUGGUAAAGCUUUUGCUUCCCAUGCCGCACAUGACAGUCAUGUGAGACGAACCCAUAUAAAAGAUAAACCUUGCCCAUGUGCAAUUUGUGGCAAGAAUUUUCCACAUACGUAUGAGCUUAAAUUACACAUGGCUUCACACCAUCAUAUAGAAUAGAGAGUUUGGUGAAACCGUUAAAAUUGUUGACAGUAAUAAAAAGUGCUAAGCAGCAGGUGAUAGUGUGACUUCAACACGCAUUUAAGCUGAGAAGAUAUUUUCGAAUUAUGCAAAACGGCAUAUACUUGUGAACAUAUUUCACAACUUAUAUAUAUAAAUAACGCUCUUGUUUUUUUGUGCAUUACGCACAGCAAUAAUCCGAUUUUAAUAGAUAUAUAUGCAAAAUUAAAAGCAUAAUGUCGUGACUCCAAUAUAUGCUAGUUCGAUCCACUUUUCUGUUUUUACACUCAAAGUGAACAAAACUAGGAGAAAAAUUGCGAAACUUUUGUAUUUUCUCUCUAGAAAUUGAGGAUCGAACAGCCAUAAUAGUCGAGUGACGAUACUUUAUUGUUGUACAUAAUUGUUAUUUGUUAUUUCGAUAUUUAUAUAUACUGCACGUUUUUGUUCAUUAAAAUGGACAUUUGAUGAAAU